GUGAAUUCUCUCGAUGGGUGGUGGAUGGGCAGGGCAAUUGCUCGGGAUAUGUAAUGAGGGCCGUUUCCGUGCUUCCAUUUUUCUCCUGCCUCUCCUUCUCCCGGGCUCUUGGUCUUCCUUCUUCCUUGGACGAAUUGGGAACAGAUUGGGCUCUUGAUCCGGGCGUACUGCCCAACCCAGUUCGCAAACAGAUCCCACCCAUCUCCACCAUCUCGUCACGAACUGGACUUGCCGUCACACAUCCAGCCACGGGUGAACUGAACCCUCUGACUGACGGUCGGCUCGAUUAGUGCCGGGCAGAUCUACACAAGGGCAGGGAACAAAAAGUAUCGUAGGACAGGGCGAGAAUGGCACCACAGCGAUUUGCCAGCCUGCGGUCUGGGAGUACCAGAAAGCCCAGGACUGAGACGGCCACCACAACUGGCCCGCACUACAUUCCACCUCAGCCUGCACUUGCACCUGCACCCGCCCUGAUUGCCCUGCCGUACGAGCAGACGGCCCAGGCCCAGCCCCCGAUUCUCCUUCCUCCGCCUCGCAACCCCCUUCGAACCAUCCGCCGCCCAACUGCCUCGCCCGCCCAGAUCCCUUCCUCACCUGCGGCCUCAGAAACCACCACCACCGCGGCGGCGACGACUGCAACCACUCCAGACCUGCACCUCUUGCCCCUGCCCGUCCCGCCUCGGCAGCAGCAGGAACAGCCUGAGCCUGAGCCUGAGCCUGAGCCUGAGCAUCCUCGCUUUCACCUGCGUCUGCAUCUGCCUGUGCACCCCGCCGUCCGGCGCCAAUGCCAGAGCAAUCACUCGCCCGCAUCCUCAACCUCAACCACUGCCUCAACACUCGCAUCGUCCACCUGCGCCGACUGGAGACGGGACUCCCUGCUGGGCACCCUGUCAUCUGCAUCGACGACCCUGCACGAGGAGGAUGAGGAGGACGACGACGAGGACGCCUUUCGCUACGACUACCACGUCAAGCUUGAUGUGGUAGACACCCCGUCCAUCUACUCCACCGACGAGCCCACCCCGGCCCCGUCCUCUGAUGAGCCCUGCACCCCGCAGCACACGUCUCGCCCCUCUUUCCAGAGCCGCUGGUCUGUGACCGACUCAGACAUAUCCGAGAUCGCCUCCGUCGCUAGCUACCAGAGGGACACUGCACCAAGGAGGCUCGUCAAGGGCCUUAGUCUCAAGCUGCCCCCGCCGCCCAUGAAGCGACUGAGGAAGAAGAGCCUGAGCGAGGGCGCGGUCGCACCCGCUCCUCCGCACUCUCCCCAGUCUCACCACUCAGGCCUGUCCCAGCCAUCUCAGGCGCCCCAUUUAUCCCCCUCGCCUAAAGCCCCCGAUUCGGUACGUGACGGUCGCCAAGAGAUCCGACAAUUUGACAGCCACAUGCAAUCUCCAAAUCCGAGCGCCCCCAGACCCCUAUCUGAACUCUCCCAGCCGCCGCCGCAAAAUGAUUUCCACCCCAUCAACACAAGCAUCCCCGAGGGCCGCUUCCUCGAUGACAUCGAAAGCCUCAACUUCUCCAAGAGGGGAAGCAUCUUGUUUGGAGGCAAGCGCGCCGUGAACAACUCGAGCCCUGCGCCUGGCCCCUCCCCGAUGCUCAUGUCUCCGACCCGCCCCGCACCCGCCCCAGUGCCGGCCGCCUCCUCGGCCGGCCGCGCCCCAGACUCCAAGCCCACCCUCGUCAGCCCACAGCCUACGCCGAGGGACUCGGCGAGGAAGCUGUCAUUGCCCAACAUACGAGUCAUGUCGGUAGAUACAGAGAGGGAGUCACAAAAGGUGAGAUCGCUCUAUGAAUCUGGCGACUUCGUCAAUUGGCAAGAUGGGGCUCCAGGGUCACCCUCUGGUGAGCCCGCCGAGUCUGGGGAUCAGCUCCCGUCCGACGGAGAAGACAUUGCCGCAGAAAGAAGAAGGCGGCAAAGCGUCCGAGCUUUGUACCUCUGUCCCAGUACUCCGCUGUCGGCCACUUCGCUGCCGUCGCCACAAGGUAACACGCGCCGGAGCGAGUAUGAGCUGGCGGGCGGCAUUGAGGACUGGGAAAACGUCCAAGGGGACGACGUCGAUCGGUACGGCUUCAUACACUUCCAAAGACCAAGGUCGCGACGGAGCACUCCGGCAGAAACACACUCGCUACAUUCUACAGUCGGCAGGCGCAACGGCCGAAAUGUGUUGACUAAGAGGGCCGAGGUCCAGUCGUCGCCGCCCGGGCUGAGCCGGAUACCCAGCAGGAAGGUGUCAGCCCGGUCACUGAACACGCAGACCUCGGGCGUUUCGACAUCUUCGAAAUUCACCGUCAGAUCGGGAAUCCGAACUGCAGCGAACUUGCUUCCACACAACCGAGACAGGAAGAUCAUUGACGAGGCGGGUGAGAUGCUCGGGCUCCCGCCCGGCUUGGUGGACAUCGAAGAGGAACAAAAAAGCGAGCAGGCCAUCAAAGAUGCCCACGAGAGGGAGAUCAAGAGAACCGAAAAGUGGAGGAGGAUGGCCAAGACUGUCACCAAGGGCAGGGAUAGCAAAGGUGUCAUGUUUGCCGUGGAGGACAUAGCCAAGGUCAAAAGGAGCAAAGACAGCGAGCAACAUUUCGAGAUUCAAGGCACGGUGAUCGAGUUCGAUGUCAAGAGCCCGAAACUGAUCGAAAGGACAUGGAAGGGCAUCCCCGACUGCUGGCGUGGGGCAGCUUGGUACUCUUUCCUCGCGGCCAGCGCCGCCCAGAACACGAAGUCACAUACUGCGGAAGAGCAUCUCUUCUCCGAGUUCCACCGCCUCCAGGACUUGAGCUCCCCGGACGACACCCAGAUCGACCUCGAUGUCCCCAGGACCAUCAACAAGCAUAUCAUGUUCCGCAAGAGGUAUCGUGGAGGCCAGCGGCUGCUGUUUCGCGUGCUGCACGCCAUGUCCCUCUAUUUCCCCGACACUGGCUACGUUCAGGGCAUGGCCGGCCUGGCAGCGACGAUGCUGUGCUACUACGACGAGGAGAGAUGUUUUGUGAUGCUUGUCCGGCUGUGGCAGUUCCGGGGCCUGGAGAGGCUCUACCAACCGGGCUUCGCUGGCUUGAUGCUGGCAUUGAAGGACCUUGAGGACCACUGGCUGCAUGGCAAAGCAGCAGCCCAGAAGCUGAAUGAGAUGGGUAUUGAUCCCACGGCAUAUGGAACAAGGUGGUAUCUGACGCUCUUCAACCUAUCAAUACCAUUCGCGGCGCAACUCCGAGUGUGGGAUGUCUUCAUGCUGCUUGGGGGGUCUCCCUCAGCCUCGGACCACAGCCCGGCCAAGGAGAAAGAAGCAGAGACGUUUGACGGGCUGGAAAUCCUCCACGCCACCAGCUCUGCGCUUAUUGAUGGGCAAAAGGAGCUCAUCAUAGAUGCUGAUUUCGAGAAUGUGAUGAAAGCAUUGACAUCAGCCCAGCCAGUGAAGGACGAGGACAAGUUUAUGAACGUGGUGCGGGCGGAGUGGAACACGCACCGAAAGAAGAGGAAAAGCUAGGAGCAAUCCUUGGACUUGGGUAGCCUCUGGCAGGGGGGUGACGACACUGAGUCAUCGGUAGGGACUGGCUCUACAUCAAUUUGGGGCGGUGCCUGGCGGAGCUGGACGGGGCAAGGUUAGGGACAGGCUCGAGUUGGCCAAAGGGCUGCACAUUGUUGCCUGUCAGCGCCCUGUCAGCUCCGUGCGAUACCGCCAAGUCUCUUUUGUCAAAAGCAAUCGUUUCUUCGUUUAGGUCGAGGCAACAGGGAGAGGGAGAGCGUUGGCUAUUCAGGGUGCAUUUGAUCAGAACUGUUCGUUAUAUACCCGCGAUGGCGACCACCGACAUUCACCACCCAACCGACCCUCUUUUUUUUUUCGAGUGGUUGGGAGGACUCUGGUUAUUUUUUCUUUUAUUCGUAUUCAGCACGGCAUGAUACUCAAUGUCGGGUGCAAAGCAUCAGUAAUAGAAAUCUAAUGACAACAACGGCCUUUUCCUCAGAUGAGGAGCCAGAA